AUGACUUUGUUAAAAUUUCUCCUGAUUGUUAUAUGGACAUCACCAUCUGCUACACAGAAUACUGUUUAUUCAGACGGUCCAUUCUCUUCUGUCACUGGGACGGUCACAAGGGUGUCAUCGCUAGUGGGAGGAGAGGCAAGCCUACCUUGCGAUUCACGCCCUCCACGUAAUGAUACCCUUCUCCUUGUGGUGUGGUACAGGGACGACAACCCUGUAUACAGUUACGACACGAGACUCUCAGGGUUAGCUGGUCACUGGACAGAUGACACAUUUGGAGAUCGAGCAAGAUGGGUCGGCUUUCCAAACUCCGGUCUCCAUGUCCGUGAUGUUCGCUCUCACGAUAGAUCCAUAUACAGAUGUCGGGUUGACUUUGAAGUGUCGCCUACAAGAAAUUAUAGAAUUUACCUCGAUGUUAUCGAGCUACCCUCGAAACCGGUGAUCUUUGACGAGUUUGGCGAAGAAAUAACAGGAACUGCUGGCCCUUACAACGAAGGAGGCGACUUUAAGCUUAUUUGCUCCGUGAAUGGGGGUGAGUACAUGAUUUGGCCAAGUUUUGGCAAUCCCACGCCAAGAGUACAAUGGUUGCAUGGUGAAACUGUACUUUCUUCACUAAUCACGGCUGAGAUGCCAGUGGGUAACACUAGGUCAUUGACCCUUUUGGUCAGAAAUGCAACUCGUGCACACUUGUUCUCUGUGUACACAUGUACAGCGGAUAACACACUGCUAUCUCCGCCACAAAACGCCUCUGUGCGUGUAGAUCUGUAUUUGCGACCACAGUCAGUCGAAAUCUUAUCGAGGGAGCAACCAUUUUCUGUGGGAAGACAAGCCGAACUUUGGUGCAAGUCAAACGGUGCAAGACCUCCAGCAGUUAUCACUUGGUGGCUAGGUGGCAAAAAACUUGAAUCUAUAACAAAACAUCAGAAUUUAGAAGAAAGUUACGAGACUCAGUCUCUGUUGAAAUGGACACCUUCAAAGGAACAAAACGGAAAAAUACUCACAUGUAGAGCAGAACAUUUCAAGUUCAGUAGUUCAACGAUUCAGAGCAAAUUGCAACUUAAUAUAUAUUAUGUGCCAGUUGCUACUGUGCACUUUGGCGCGAUAAUAAACCCGAACGAUAUUGAAGAAGGAGACGAUGUGUACUUCGGAUGUGAAAUUGAUGCCAAUCCCCCUAUUUAUAAAGUGGUGUGGGAACAUAACGGUAUUCUGCUUCAACACAAUCCUGCCCACGGAGUGAUCCUAGCUGGACACACAAAUCUAGCACUACGUAACCUGUCACGACACCAGGCCGGUAACUAUACCUGCGCUGCGUCGAACGUCGAAGGAGACGGAAAGUCGCAUCCCCUGCGAAUGCAAGUCAUUUAUAGACCAAUAUGUCAAUCGAAAGAUAUGAAAAUAAUAGGUGCAGCCUUACAAGAACAAUCGAAGGUAGAAUGCGAUGUAGAUGCUUUCCCUCCCCCAGACACGUUUGAGUGGACAUUUAAUAAUUCAGCAGGCUCAAUAAAGGUUGACCCUGAACGAUUUAACAUCAAUGAUCAAGAAGGAAAAUCGGUAUUAACUUAUGUCCCUGUAUCUCACAUGGAUUACGGAAAGUUGUCGUGUCGUGCAACAAACCUUGCCGGGCAACAAAUGUUGCCAUGCGUGUACAUUAUACUGCCUACAACUAUACCUGACCCACCCUACAACUGCUCAAUAUAUAAUUUAACUCAUGAUUCUCUGGAUUUAACCUGCCUUCCGGGGUAUGAAGGUGGCCUUCAAUGUACCUACACAGCAGAAGUAUGGGCCAAAGAAGGUUUAGUAACAAAUUCAACAAAUGUUACUACAGUUUGGAAUCUUAGAAGACUUGGCGCUAAAAGACUUUUAAACAUUUUGGUAUAUGCUGCAAACACAAGAGGGAGGUCUGAACAUAUCACAUUAACAAUAGUAACUGCCCCGCAAUUGUCUCCUAGAACAGAAGCGCAAGAGGUAUUCCCAUACCAAGUCAACUGGGCUGUCGGUGGUGUUCUUGGCGCUGUACUUGCUGUUACACUUAUUCUAUGCCCUGCACUUAUCGCUUCAAGAUUACGACACAGUGUUAGAGAUUACGGAGGUUAG